AUGCCGCCAGCACUACGUUUCGACAAUGCAUUCUGGUCACAGAAACAACCCCAGUCAUCGGUGCCUGAUUUCCAAACAGGUCUUCAAGUCCUUCACAGCAAGUUGAACCAAAGCAAGGUGGAGAACGAUGAAAUGAUUGCCUUCUUUAAGGAGCGUAUUGCCAUCGAAGAGAGCUUUGCAUUCCGAUUAAGCGAACAAGCCAGGACUCCUCUCAAAAGCAGUGGUUUUGCACGUGACGAUGGUGCCGUAUUAAGAGGAUGCUUUGAGAACCUAAAGGCGACAAGUGGUCGCUUUGGUGAACAGCACAAACGCACGGCAGAUACAUUGACAGACACUGUACUCAAGCCAUUGCAAAAGUUCCAAGAAGAUUAUAAGAGGACCCUGACUACGAGCAAGCAAUCGGUGGAUGCAAGCCUUAAGCAGUUUGAUGGUCUUGUCAAGGAAAUGGAUCGAGCCAAGGGCAAUUACCAAAAGAAGCAUCGUGCAUGGAUGAUGGAAGAGGAACAAAAGGAGGAAGCAGCAGCAGCAGCAGCAGCAGCUACAUCACCUACGACGACCACUUCACCAUCACAACAACAGCAACAACAAUCACCAUUGGAAGGAAAGCAAGGAGAGCAGAUGAUGGAUCAAGAUACAACAACGAUCUUGAUUGGCAACCAGCGAAUGUCACGAGCCGAAUUGGAUAAGAUGGUCAGCAAUAUGAAGAAUGAGAUCCCCGUGGGUGAACAUCGUGUACCUAUUCUUGGCCGAUACCAGAAUACUUCAUCAGGUGAAUCCAUCUCGAUUUGGUUGCAGCACAAUAUGCCUCAAUGCAAGGAUUCUCCUGCUAUGGCAGACGUCGUUGCUCAGCAAUUGAUUCAACCUCUUGAAAUCUUGCGUCUUGUGGGUCAACGUGGCAACAAGUUUUCACCUUCUCCUCAAUCAUUUUAUCAAUGGCGCGAAGAUACACCAGGAGGUGCCUCUUCUUCUUCUUCAUCAUCAGGUUAUGGUUUUGGAUUUCUUGAACGCAUUGGUGGUGGUGGACAGCAAAUACCCAUCGAGGAUCAAUUGAAACGUGCACAACGCGAGGCCGAACUUGCAGAUGAAGCAUAUCGAGUGGCUGUCAAACGCAUGGAUCAAAUGCGUAUGGUGGUUGAACAAUCAUUGUUUGCACAUUUUGCAGAAAUGGAACAAAUGGAACUCAAGCGUAUAGCUGUGCUUAAACAAGCCAUUGCCUCGUUCUCACUAUGCUUAUCGGAGAUGAUCCCUGGAGACAAGGCACUGGUGGAUGACAUGCUCGUUUAUCAAGAAUCUUUGAAGCCUGAUCACGACAUCCAAUACAUUGUACAGCAAUACUGCGUAUCCAGUUUUUCGCCGCAACCAAUCUUGUAUGAGAACCAAUUCCAUGGGGUUUCACAAGACCAAAUCUUUGGCGUUCCACUUGAUGGGUUGGCAAGGCAAUCUGAAGAUGACAUCCCGAGAUUUGUUACCCUUGUUCUUGACGCUAUCGAUAAAGGGACAGGGAAGCUGAAUCAGGAAGAGAAACUCCAAUUAUGGUCUACAAAGCUACCUUUGGAUCGCGUUUAUGCAGCAUGCUCCAAUCUCAACAUUCCAAGUGACCAAUUGACACUGGAGCUUCUUCAGCCAUACGAUCCUAUGACACUCGUUGCGGUGUUACGCCUCUAUUUAUUGGAAUUACCAGAAUGUCUAAUGACAUUUGAGUUUUAUGACGCGGCACAAGCGCUGUAUAGCAACCAUGAACAAGAUGACAGCAUACGCUUACAACCAUUAAGCAAUCUAAUAGCAACAUUGCCAGGCAGCCAUUUCUCGACACUCAAACUGUUGAUAUCUCAAAUCCGUGGAUUUGUUCAGGACAACAAGCUUGAUGAUGCUGCAGUGGAAUCAAUCGGUGACUCUUUGGGAUCAGUGAUACUUCGACCACGCCAUGAAUCGCUUACCACACUCACGAGUCGCGUGCCCAUGUAUUUUGGUCGGGAUCUCAUCAAGCAUUAUGAUACAUUCUUUAAUGAAGCGACCCUGAAAUCACAUGCUGAAAGUGAAAAGCGUCGUCAAGCACGUCCUUUACGAGCCGAAUCCAAUCUCGGAGAUGCUACCAAACAACCACAACAACGCCGUAGCCUGAUGUCAUUUAUGCGCAGCAACAAUGAAGAGAAAUGGAACAUGAUCUUCCAGCGUAAUGGUGCAGGAACUACAUCAGCCACAUCAUCAUCCUCAGCUGCUAGUGUUGCUUCCUCAGAGCGAGUUUCAUCAUCAUCAUUCACACGACCCACACCCAUGACCAGUGGUACAGCCACUAUGCAAGAUUCUCCUCCUUUAUCACCCGUCAAAGCACCUGCACCACCACCACCACCACCACCAUCCGAAGAAGCAUCCAACUCUGCUCCCGAGAAACAACAAGUAGAGAAGAAGAAGAAUGAGGAGGAGGACAAUGAUAAAAAAGAGCCCACUCAUGAUGAAAAGGACGACAAGAAGAAGAAGGAGGAGGAUGACGCAUCUGAGCAAGCUCCCGCCAAGGAUACCGUUGUCUUUGAUGUAGUUCAGGAGUCUCGGAAGGAUAAUGAUGAAGCGUUAGAUCCAUUCUUUGAUGAUGAGGAUUAA